CAUUUUAGACCAAACACACCAUACCACACAUGUUAGGGCAAAUCAUUUCAGCCUCCCAAAUCGCCUCCAUAUCUAUUCUCGUUCUCAACUCUGAACUUGCCCUCUCUCUGUCUCUGCAACUGUAAACUACAAAAUCUACAAGAAUCGGAUCAGCCUCCCAAAUCGCCUCCAACUCUAUUCUCGUUCUCAACUCUGAACUUGCCCUCUCUAUGUCUCUGCAUCUACAAACUACAAAAUCUACAAGAAUCAGAACCCAUAUCGGCAUAUCAUUUUAGAUUGUUUAAAAAAUUAAAACCCAUAUCCUUUAGUUUCCAUCGCCCGCUGUUCCAGUUUGGGUUCGUUGUUCGAAAGCUUCAGCAAUCGACCAAAAUUGCGGAACUCUACAGGGUUUUUAUCUCAGAUGGAAGGCGUCGAUGAUGAUUUCGGCGAUAUAUAUGUAGACGUUGAAGUUCAAGCAAGUACAGCCAUCAAUGGCUUCCCAAACCGCACUCAAUCAUACACAAUUUAAGGAGUGGAGGGUUUGAUGAUGAAGAAGAGGAGGAAGGUUGUGAUUUUGCAGCUGCAGAGGGGAAUGGUUCGGGUAAGAAUCGGAAAUGGGUUGAUCAAUGCCAGUUGGGCGAUGGAUUGGAACAGUGUUCUAAUGGUACUGGUAGCGGUGAGAGGGGAAAUCUGGUGAAGGGCGGUUAUCAUUCACAAUACAAGUACUUAAGAUAUCAGACAGCAGCUUAUCCUUGUAAUUCAAAAGCCAAUGGAUCCAUGGUUUCAGCUUCCUACUCUUCCACCUUGGCUAGAGGCAAUUGGGACAAUAAUGGGUCCAGUCAACAUAUGGGCUCAAGCUCAGUAGUAACUCAAAGUGGAUACAAUUUCUCUCUUCCCUGGUAUAGGACUAUACUAGAUGUAAAUAUUGCUAUGUUCAAACAGAGGCCAUGGAGGCAUACUGGAACUGAUAUAACAGAUUUUUUUAAAUUUUGGGUUCAACGAGGAAAGUUGGAAAAGUUAUUGCAACUGUCUGAUAAAUCUGGUUUACUUGUUCAUGGUCAACAAGAUAACUAUGUACAACGAUGGGAAUUGUCUGAAUUUAUUUUUUCUGUAAGUUUUUUUGAUGAUAUCUGCAUUAUUAAAAAAACAAAAAGUUGCAAAUUUCAUCAAACUGCCCAGAGGAGGCUUAUACAGCAUAGUGUAGUUACACAGCCUAAACUCAAGGACAGUGAAGCCUGUUUCUAAAAUCAAUCAAGAAAUAUGCAACUUGCUUUCUGUUUCCUAGAAAAUCUUUCAUAUACAUAUUGAAAACAAUUUGAUCAUAAAUAUAAUGGGUGGACAAUUUGAUCAAACUUUGUUUGAAAAGUGGUUUAUUUUUAUUUGUUGUAUCAACUUACUUUACAUUAAUUCUCUUACUUCAACUAUUUUUGUAGGUCAAAGCUAGGAUUGCGGGUGCAGUUACUUUUUUUGUUGCCGUUAAAUUUUUUGUAUGGUUCAUGAAGGAGAAGUUACAAGAAGAUAUGAAUAAUUUUUGUUUUAUUUUGAUUAAGUAAAAUAUAUAAGGUGUGGAUCAUGUACUUCUUUCAAAUUUGUAUAUGGUUAAUUUUUGUAUAAAACAAUGAUUUGGAAUUGGUUUAUGAGUUGUAAAUUAUUUUGGUUAUAAUGCUAUUUUGUAUUUAUUUA